GGUAAUACAUUCCUUUUCCUCUCGAUGAUACGGUUCACGGCUGCGUGUGCCUGUGGCUGUGCUGAUCCUCUGUGCUUUGUGGCAGGUUUUGAAAAAAUACCCGCGGCUCUGGUGCAUGAGCAAGCCCCCCACACGCCGGCCCAAGCUGUAUAUUGUGAACCUGCAGUGGACCCCGAAGGACGACCUGGCCGCCCUGAAGCUGCACGGCCGCUGCGACGACGUGAUGCGGCUGCUGAUGGCGGAGCUGGGGCUGGAAAUCCCGCGCUACGACCGGGCGCGGGACCCCAUCUUCGCGCUGGCCGAGCCGCUGCGCCCCGGGGAGGAGGGCACGCACUCGCGGAAACCCGUGGCGCCGCCCCGGGAGCGGGAGGAGCCCCGGGAGCGGGAGCAGCCCCGGGAGCGGGCGGAGGCGGCGGUCGGGCGGCCCGGGGGGUGGCUCGGCCGCGGCUGCGCCAAGGGCGCCAGGCGCAGGAAGAGCCGCUGAGCGCGGGGCGGGGCGGCGGCGCCGGUGACAGCGCGGCCAUGCUGCGCAACGGGGCGGCGGGCGGCGGCGGGGCCGCGGCGGGCGGCGGCGGACACCGGCCCGUGCGCGUCUGGUGCGAUGGAUGCUAUGACAUGGUGCACUAUGGCCACUCGAACCAGCUGCGCCAGGCGCGGGCCAUGGGCGAUUACCUGAUCGUUGGGGUCCACACGGAUGAGGAGAUUGCCAAGCACAAGGGUCCCCCUGUCUUUACCCAGGAGGAGAGGUACAAAAUGGUGCAGGCCAUCAAGUGGGUGGAUGAGAUUGCUCCUGGAGCUCCUUAUGUCACCACGUUGGAAACCCUGGACAAGUACAGCUGUGACUUCUGCGUGCAUGGGGAUGACAUCACCUUAACUAUCGAUGGCAAGGACACCUAUGAGGAAGUAAAGACAGCAGGGCGAUACAGGGAAUGCAAACGCACUCAAGGUGUGUCCACCACUGACCUUGUUGGCCGCAUGCUGCUCAUGACUAAGGCUCACCACAGCAACAUAGAUGAGGACCUAGACUAUCGGAAGCACACUGACAACUUUGGGAAGGGGCCAAAAGGUCACAGUCCCUGGACUGGCGUCUCGCAGUUCCUGCAGACAUCCCAGAAGAUCAUCCAGUUUGCAUCGGGGAAGGAGCCGCAGCCGGGAGACACCAUCAUCUACGUGGCUGGAGCCUUUGACCUGUUCCAUGUUGGUCACGUGGAUUUCCUGGAGAAGGUUCACCAGUUGGCAGAGAAACCCUACAUCAUUGCUGGGCUGCAUUUCGAUCAGGAGGUGAAUCGCUACAAAGGGAAGAACUAUCCCAUCAUGAACAUCCAUGAGCGAACUCUCAGUGUCCUGGCCUGCAGGUAUGUCUCAGAGGUGGUGAUUGGAGCUCCCUAUGCUGUCACUGCUGAUCUGUUGGAUCACUUCAGGGUAACACUUGUUUGUCAUGGGAUGACUGAGGUGGUGCUGGACAAGGACGGUUCUGAUCCAUAUGAGCCCAGUGCUGUGUCUCUGCAGGAACCGAAGCGACGCGGCAUUUUCCAGCUGGUGGACAGUGGCAGCAAUCUCACCACUGAUCUAAUUGUGCAAAGAAUCAUCAAGAACAGGCUGCAGUUUGAAGCUCGCAACCAGAAGAAAGAAGCAAAAGAGCUGGCUGUGCUGGAGGCCAUGAGAAGGCUGGAGGAGGAGAAGCACUAAGGCUGCAGAGUGGGGAUGUGUGAGCCACAGCGUGCUGCAACUUCACCCUCUGGUAGAGCAACUGCUCUUCAGGAAGGGACCCCUGAAGGGGGGCAGCACUGCUGGCACGCAGGAUGUGCUGUCCUACCCUUUGCUGUCCUAGCUCCUCCUGCACUAAUCAUGCAGACAUAACGAGUUGGGAUUCCAUUGCCUAGUUUUAUCUCCAUUAAUCAGUCCCUGUCCCUUUUCCCAGGAGAUCUGACAAAACAAAAAGGUUUUAAUUAUAACUAAUGUUUUAACAUGUUGAUGUGCUUUUACCUUCUGCCAUUUCUGGCUCUUAGUAGGAGGGAAGUGGCGGAGCUGCCCACACCCCCUUGCCCUUCCAGACUCUGCAUUCCAGAGCAGCCUCUUGGGCAGUGGUGUGGGUGGCUGGACAGUCAGUGAGAGCAGCCCCGGGGACAAGACAGGGCUCGCGUUGUUCCUCCUGCAGCUUUUUCUCAGAAACAAGAGGCUGGCUGCCAGAGGUGGUGCUGGGCUCUGGGGUUUACUGUACUGCCUCUUCUCAGCUCCUGCCCCUGCACACUGCAACCCACCAGAGCUACUCUGGGUUGAGCUGGAUAAAGGCAAAUCCUUUGCUGCCCCAGUGACAGGCUGCAGGUGGCAGGUGAUGCUGGGUCCAGGCAUUUCUCCACACGAAGCAUAGGGACCCUGGGGCCUUUUCCCAAAGGCUCUCCUAUUUGCAAGGCAGCAGGACCCGAUGCCUUGUGUGGACUGUGCUUAGAGCCCCACUUGCUGCUGCUGCCAGAGCCCACCUUGUGCCUGAUGGAUUACCUGAGGGCAGGGUCUGGCCAGGUGAAGUUUUAGGGUUGUAUUCUGAUUGCUGACACUCAGCUUGCCUGCCUCUAAGGGGAGGUGCGUGCAGGGCUGGGAGAACGGGUCAUGAGCUGUAAGCCCCUUUUGCCUCUUACAUUCCAGGAUACUGUGGUGGGUAUCCUGAGCAGCUCACUGCACUGUGCCAGAUGGUCCUUCCAGGCUGUGUCUGGUGUCCUCUUUCUUGUAAACUUUUGUUGCUGAUCAUUAAUAAAAUGUUGAAGAGUU